UUUAGCAUCUUUCAAUUUCCUUUCUUUUUUGAAAAUCGAAAAUGCCCAUCUCCAGAAUCGCAGUUGGGUCUCCGGCAGAGGCCAGCCACCCCGAUGCAUUGAAAGCUGGCCUUGCAGAGUUCAUUUCCACCCUCAUCUUUGUUUUUGCCGGCCAAGGCUCUGGCAUGGCUUUCAAUAAACUGACCGACGAUGGGUCAACGACACCUGCCGGACUAGUGGCGGCGGCCAUUGCCCAUGCCUUCGCAUUAUUUGUGGCGGUUUCGGUCGGAGCAAACAUCUCCGGUGGACACGUUAACCCAGCUGUUACUUUUGGAGCAUUCAUCGGAGGUCACAUCACUUUGGCUAGAAGUAUUCUUUACUGGAUUGCCCAAUUACUUGGAUCCGUAGUUGCUUGCCUUCUUCUUAAGUUCUCCACCGGCGGAUUGACCACCUCUGCUUUCGGCCUAUCAUCAGGAGUUUCCGAAUGGAACGCGGUUGUGUUCGAGAUUGUGAUGACAUUCGGUCUCGUCUACACCGUUUACGCCACCGCCAUCGACCCCAAGAAGGGAAGCAUUGGCACCAUUGCCCCCAUUGCCAUCGGUUUCAUCGUCGGUGCUAACAUCUUGGCUGGCGGUGCCUUUGACGGUGCCUCAAUGAACCCUGCUGUGGCUUUCGGCCCAGCUGUGGUUAGCUGGACCUGGACUAGCCACUGGGUCUACUGGCUCGGACCAUUUGCCGGUGCCGCUAUUGCGGCUGUUAUUUAUGAGGUUAUCUUCAUCGGGGUCCACACCCACGAGCAACUCCCUUCCACAGCCGAUUACUAAAUUAUGCCCCCAAAUUUAAUAAAGAGGAAACGAUCAUGGUCAUUUGGGAAUUGGGAUCAGAAAUGGGUUGUUGAGUUUGUUGGUUCAUGUGUUUUUCUAAGAAUUUGGUUUCGUUCGUUGUUUGUUUUUCAAUUAAUGUCUCCAUCUCUAUGAUCUGUCUUCUUGUUCUUCUUUUAAUCAAUGGAAUCAAUCAAUUGAUAAUCAUG